AUGCAUCUUAGUUUUUUGACAGCAAUCAGUGCAACAACAGAAGAAAUCUUACAAGGCAUAGAAGGAGCUGAAAAUAUAGUUCGCUACUCAUCCCUAAUAUUACGAGUUGCUGAUGACUUGGGGACAUCCUCGGAUGAGAUUGAAAGAGGCAAUAAUCUAAAAUCAAUUCAAUGUUAUAUGCAUGAGACUGGUGCAACUGAAGAAGAAGCUAGAAAGUAUAUCGAAUUAUUAAUCAUCAAGACAUGGAAGAAACUUAAUAAAGCCCGAGAAGGUGCAAAGUCUCGAUUUUCAUGGGAAUUUAAUAAUGGUGCUACAAACCUUGCUAGAUUUGCACAAUAUAUGUGCUCCAAUAGAGAUGGCUAUGGUCGUCCAUAUUUGACAAAGUCGCAAGUAAUAUCUCCGUUCUUCAAUCCAAUCCUAGGAAUCGAAUAG